CUGGAGAGGAGGUCGUGCUCGCUGGCUCCUGCGAGCGGGGCCGGGGGCCGUGCCUAGUACACUUUAACCGUGCUCUUGCUGUUGCUCCGCCCAUCUGGGUCGUCGUAGGGUACGCAGCGACGCAACUGUGUAUAUACGUCACACGCAACCACUUCACGGGGUCGGACGCUUCUAACCGGCGAUGAACUGCAAUACAAAAUUUUGAGUACGGUCAUGUUGUAGGCGGGACUGUUUGAUAUCCUGUGCGCCUGAACGUAAUGUCAUCCACUUCAGCGACGGCUCAGGUGCACUCGUGUGGCUACCGAAAGCUCGUAACUGGAGAUCGCUUCCUCCCUGCUAUCGUGGUAUCGGCGGCAUGAUAGUAGUGGUUUCGGACGCCGAUAAACGGAGCGCGUACUACGGGGACAGGCGGUGUACGGUCGCCUACGAGCAGCGACGUGAGACUUUCCGUUGCUGGGGGCUCGACGCAUUCUUCGACCGGUGCGCCCGUUGCGUGUGAAGCGAAAGCGGUGCCGCGUGACUCGCUCCGAUUCAUUUCCCCGACUGCGAAACGCCGACGAUGCCGGACUCUUCGCUGAAAGAGAGCCUGCUGUAUGCCUUCUGGCGGGUGUGCGGGCUUGUCAACUUCCACCGAGACAUGCUCAAUGCCAAGUACCAAAACACGGAGCCAGCCGUCGUCAUUGUCACCACAGCCUUGGUAACUUAUGUGGGGCAGCGUGCUCUGCGUCGGCUCAUUUAUGGGGAAGGCUUCGUGCCCAAUGUCCGGCGCGGGCUGCUGGCCACCCUGCGGAACCUGCCCAUCGUUCGUGACUACGUUCAGGAGAAGAUGGGCAAGAUCGCCGUCGACGUGGAGCGGUCGCUGAACAAGUGCUACGCUGAGUGCCAGUUUGUCCUCGAGCUGCCCGAGAAAGGAUGGACGCCGGAGGCCAUACUUGAAGGGAUGGCGCGGAAUGACUCGCUUGGUCAUGUCGAGUGGAAGAAAGGGGUGGUGUCUGGUGCCAUCUAUACGGAGCACGACCCCAAGUUAGAGGGCCUGAUGGUAUCAGUCUUCGAGCGGCACCUGCGCUCAAACCCAUUGCAUUCAGAUGUUUUCGUUGGUGUACGCAAGAUGGAGUCUGAGGUGAUCCGCUGGUGCUGCAAGCUUUUCCACGGAGGGCCCGACAGCUGUGGAUCGAUGACCUCUGGGGGCACGGAGAGCCUGAUUUUGGCCUGCAAGGCUCACAGAGACUACGGCUUCUUCAAAAAAGGCAUCGUUUACCCCGAGAUGGUUGUUCCUGUAACAGCGCAUGCUGGCUUUGACAAGGCUGGUGAAUAUCUGAGGAUCAAGGUCAUCCAUGUGCCAGUUGACCCGCAGACGAUGAAGGCUGACGUGCGGAAAAUGAAGGCUGCCAUCACUGGAAACACCAUCUUGCUCGUGGGAUCUUCACCUCAGUUCCCGCAUGGUUCCAUUGAUCCCAUCCAGGAAAUUGCAGAGCUGGGGGCAAAAUAUGGCAUUCCUGUUCAUGUUGACGCCUGCCUUGGAGGCUUCCUGGUGCCUUUCAUGGAAGACGCUGGCUUCCCGCUGCCUCCUUUUGACUUCCGCCUUGAGGGUGUCACGAGCAUAUCAGCAGACACGCACAAGUACGGUUACACUCCUAAAGGCUCGUCUAUGGUCAUAUACCGGAGCCGCAAGUACCACCACUACCAGUUCUCGGUAGCCACUGACUGGCCUGGGGGUGUCUAUGCAACGCCAACAAUGUCUGGUAGCCGGGCAGGCUCAGUGGCGGCCUGCACUUGGGCUUCCCUGCUCUACUAUGGGCGAGAAGGUUACGUUGAGGCCACUCGCAAGAUCAUCACCACCACCCGCAAAAUUGUCGGCGAGCUGCGUGCAGUGCCUGGCAUCCAGGUGCUCGGCUCACCCGAUGUAAGCGUGGUGGCUGUUGGCUCAGAGGAGUUUGACAUCUUCCAGUUGAUGGACAAGCUGACGCAGCGUGGUUGGAACUUGAACCCACUGCAGUACCCAUCAGGCUUCCACCUGUGUGUCACGCUGCUGCACGUGGCAGAGAAGGUGGCUGAUCGGUUCGUCAGCGACGUCCGUGAGUGCACAGCCGAUAUCAUGCGUGCACCUCGUUUGCCAAGCACUGGAAAGGCUGCAAUCUACGGCAUGGCUCAAAGCAUUCCUGAUCGUUCUGUGAUUGAAGAGCUCGCACAUGCUUACAUUGACGCCUGCUAUAGCACGCGUUACCUCCCACCAAGUUAACCUUGCAUCAUGUUAGCGUUUUAUCUGCCAUCACCUGUUGCCAUUAGCCGCACCUGAGCUGAUAUGAAAUUAUAGUUAGUAAGCAGGCCUUACAAUCGCAACAGGGUGAAGGGGAGAUGCGCCUUCAAAAUUCAGUUGUAUUAUUACAUAUAGGAUUGUGAAACUUUAAGCCAUGAGAGUUUUACGUUUGGCCUCUCCAAAACUGUCACUUGUUUUUACAUAAUUUUUAUAUUUUGUUAAGCACAUGAAAAAAUAAUUGCUUUUCGUGCUCACUAGUUGACAAACGUUUUGCAUAUAUUGCUGUGCUAUGACCAACAAAUUGUACUUCACUCCUUGGGUAAUAUUUUGUGUGUGUGUAUAUGUAGAAUACCUGAGCAUAAUUUUGUUGACAGAUAAUUAAACUCACUUUCUUUUUUCUGGAGAAAGGUGCCGCCUUUCAACCCACAUCUCCCCUGUGUAACUGUGGCUGACUUAGUGUGCAUGAUCACUCAUGGGUUCACAAAAGGGUACGCUGCUUUGGAUUUAAAUUGUAACCAUAGAAAGGACGCUGCUUUUUAAAUCUGUAUAUUUAUGACGAGGCCACAAGGUGAUGGCCGUCUCGGGUAAAUUAUUCUGGCUUGCUGUGGUCAUAAAACAGAUAUGCAUGCAAAUAUUGAGACCUCUAUUAUGCUGUCAUUGAUGUGCAUUUGCUAUUGGCAUUGGUUUUCAUUUGUUUGUUUAUUGUUUGUUGAUACCUCAAGGGUCCCAAUAGGAGAUUACAUGAGGGGUAAUGUGAGGCUGGCCAUUUUUUAUUCAGAGUUGCAGCCUUUUCCUGAAACAUUUCAUCAGCUGUAAAAGAAUAGCGAAAGGUGUUUGUAUUGUGCAAUGGGAAGUUGCAGUGCUUUGUAUGUUUGCUUUAGUGCAGGACAAAAAUGAUCUUUUGUUUCUUUUUUAUAAUGUUUUCCAUCACUUGUGACUUUUUAGUUGAAAUAUCAGGUCAUUUGUUUUUGUCAUCGCUUUAGCAUUGCCCUUGAACGCUAAUGUAUCUCUGGCACUGAACUGCUCAUGGCUGCUAAACUGGUGUCAGUCAAGAUAUCGUAUUUUAGGAAUACAAUUGAACGCACUUAUAGCAAUAUUCAAGUGCCAAGAAAAUUGAGUUGUUAUAACCGAUAAUUGUUAUAGCUGGGUUGCAUGAAAAAAAUGAAAAAGGUACAGCCUUAAAAAUAUUUUACUUAUACAAAACGAAGUAGUCCAACUGGAUUUAACAAUACUUGGAUGUAACAAUGGGCAGCUGCGGCACCUUAAUUUUUUGUUUGUGUUUGGUACUAAAACAAACUGCUUACUGCAAUGUUUUCUUGCUGCAUUGAUGGUUAUAACAAUUAAAUCUGGCUACUGGGUCCCUGCGCCAAGAGGGAAAAAAAUGCAAAUUGUGGAAAAGAAAAAAAAAUGCGACCGCCGCCUCCACCUCCAUGUCGCGCAUGAGCCGCCCGUCGGUGCAGUCGACUCUUGUUUUGAAGGAGUGGAAAGGAGACAGGGAGGGAGACAAGAGGCUGACAAUGUGGCAAAAAUCUGUGCAGCGGCUCUUUUUUUUGUCCAAGAUUUCGCAUUCAUUUUCCUUGCGACAGAGGUACCCACUAGCCAGAUUUAAUAGUUACAAUCAUUAAUGCGGCAUGGGAACAUUGCAGUGAGCGGUUUAUUUUAGCAUAGAACACACACGAAGAUUAAUGAUGACAUGGCUGUUCAUUGUUAUAUUCUAUGUAUUGUUUAAAACCAGUAUCGGUAUAAAUUGGUUCGACUGUACACUGUCAAUUUCGCUGUCACAAUAAAUUUCUCUACAGAUAUAACAUUACAGUGUAUGUUCUGGCAUGGUCAUUGUGCUGUGCAUCGAUUAAAAUGGCCAGGAGCUGCUUAGCAGCAUCGUUUUAUGUGCAUUAACUUUGACCAUUCAACUUUUAUUCUCCGCUUGUACUCUUGUGUGUAAAAAGCUGAUGUUUAAAAAAGUAUGGCCCUUAUCAAUCCUUUGGGUAUUGUGCGUAGUAUUGUUUAAAUCAAAUUGAUGUAGCAAACACUUCAUUCACCCCUAUGAAUUUAAUCCCACAAAGCCCAAACACCAUUCCAUGUCAAGGAAAUUUAGAAUUUGUUGACCUUUAUUUCUGGCCAUACAGAGUACAAUACUAAUACAAAAAAAUAAAUAAAAGAAAACAAGGUAAUGUUAUUUGAGUAGACUGUAAUAUAGGAUAUAAUUGUUUAGUACUAAUUGGUUUUCUGAACUAUCCACAACUGAAGCUUCAUUCCAGCAUAUCGGAAACAGUGCCAUGAGCUUUGCGUUAAGUCUCCCACACUUAAGUCAGGGUUUUGAGGUAUCAAAUAUGAUAGUGCGUGGGCCUUUGCGGGGUUAGUGUAACCAGGUUUAAUUGUACUUCACCUUAUAUGCAAAUUUAGCUAUGCAGGGUGAACAUUCUACCAUGAGAGGUAAGAUUACCAGGAGGGUUUUAAUCUUCUGUGCUAGUCACAUUUGGAAAUGCUGUGUUUGAACAAAUCGCUGUGAAAAACACUGUAUCUUGGUUUGUGAGUGUGUUUGUGUUGAUGUUCUGGGUCUGUAUCUUGAUUUGCUUACCUUUAAGAGUACUUAUGAGGGAACUUUUGCACUGAAAUGUGCACUUGUUGAAUGUGGAAUCUCCUAGUAUGUCUGGCUGCAGGAUUGCCUCGCGGGCAUCACUGGGCUAGCAGAGACCACAAGCAACCCUAUGAUUAAUCUUUUGGCCUAUUGCCCCCUGAUAUGUUGUUAUAUCUUCAAAAUAAAUAUAUCGGUGAGUGGUAGCUGUCACACACCACACCUAACGUAUGCUUUCAAGCUAGUGUUUUGUUAGCAGACUUUCUUAACAGACCCCUUGUCGUAACAGAAGCAGUGCAGUGCUUAUAUACCGUAUUUACUCGAUUGUAAUGCGACCACGAUUGUAACGCGAGGGGUGACUUUUCAUUGCGUCCAUCAAGAAAAAAUGAAACCGCGAAAAUAACGCGAGGGGUGACUUUUUGUUACGUUCAGCAAAAAAAAAAAUUGAAGAAAACCGCUAAUGUAACGCGAGACCACCGCAUACAUGAAAAAGACGUAGUUUCGCCCGAAAGGCAAAGCAUCAAUUACGAUAGCAAAUUAGAAGAGAGCUAUAUGGAGUAAGGAUAGUAGUUUUAUUGGCUGCAUAAACUUGUACAUAUUUGCUUACUAACUGAAUUAACCAGCAUGGUGUCAUCGCACACAAGCUCACAUGAACAGAUCACACUCAAUGACCGCAGACGACUGUCAAAAUGCUGGCGUGAGCAAGCGCAGCUACAGCAGCGAGCGAAGGUUCGUGCAGUGUAUCGCUUCAACGGAAACUGAGCGGCGAAAGCACAGCGCAUACAAAGGUCAAAGUCAUGUGGAGAUCGCUUUCAAGAUACGGUGUGCGCGACAGCCCGCAGACAAGCAAAGUACAAGCACACAGAGUAGAAGCCACACCCCCUCUCCCACACUGCUUUUCUCCUUUUGCGUGGGAGAUUGAGUCGAAAGUUCCCCAUGCGCCCGGUCGCGAGAUACGCAUUUGGUGGUGCAGCUAAAGGUUGCCUUCCCUCCCUCCCUUCCAUUCCCCCACGGCUUUUUGCGCAAUGGAGACGGCGCGUUUGCUCACCACCAUGCGUUCACUCUCCGUGAAAGCGCGCAUCCCUCGCGCACUUUCACUCGCACAUUUUACUUGGUGAUUAGAAUUGGGUGCAUCAUUGCACUUUUUAGACAACUUGAAUUUCGGUAUUCGAUUGUAACACGAGGAUCGACUUCAGGUAGCAAAAAUCUCGCAAAAACUCGCAUUGCAAUCGAGUAAAUAUGGUAGAAUGUUAUUUCGUCUGCUGUUGACAUUCACAAUAGCCAUGUUCUAUUUUAUGGGAGCAUUGGUGGGAACAACUGUGGAAUAAACAAUCUUUACCGGUGCA